UCCUCCUCCUCCCAACCCCGUUCCCCCCCUCUUCCUCCUCCCCCCUGGAUCGCACGGGGCCGCUGCGCCGUUCUGGGCAUUGGCAGGAGGGCAGCCUCGUCGGGAAGGUCGCGGGGGCGAGGCGGCGGGCGUGGAUGGGGCUCGGCCUCCCCUGGGCGCCAUGGACGCCCGGAAGGAGAUCUCGGUGAUGUUCCUGGAAGGAGGCGCCCUCGGGCCCCGGGCGGGCAAGAGGGCGUCGGGCUUGGCAGAGGCCGGAGGGCAAGAGAACCCGCAGGACAAGGCGAUGCUCCGGAGGGCCCGGGAAAGGGCGGGAGGGAGGCGAGGAGGAGGCGAGGAAGAAGAGGAGGAGGAGGAGGAAGAAGAGGAGGAAGAGGAAGUGGAAGUCCUGCCGGGGACAGGGACGGUCCCCGAGAGCCGCUCGGCCGCGGCGGCGCUGCUCCUCCCGGCCGGGCAGACGCCGCAACCGCCGCCCCCUCCGCCCCCCCUCCACCGCCUCUCCGCCAAAGGCCAGCAGAGCAGCUCGGACACUGAGUCGGACUUCUAUGAGGAGAUCGAGGUGAGCUGCACCCCGGACUGCGGCACCGGCAACGUGGAAUACCACCAGCAUGGCAAAGGGCAGGGCUCAGAGGCCUCGACGGGGAGCCCCAGCAGCAGCGGCGGAGGCGAGCCCCCCAAAGGCAACGGAGGAGGAGGAGGAGGUGUUGGGGGCGGAAGCAGCUCGCAAGGGUCUUUGGCCUGCAACGCCAGCGAUCAAAUGCGCCGCUACCGGACGGCUUUCACCCGGGAGCAGAUCGCCCGCCUGGAGAAGGAGUUCUACCGGGAGAAUUACGUCUCCAGACCCCGGAGGUGCGAACUGGCAGCCGCCUUGAAUCUCCCAGAAACCACCAUUAAGGUGUGGUUCCAAAACCGUCGGAUGAAGGACAAGCGGCAGCGCCUGGCCAUGACGUGGCCCCACCCCGCCGACCCGGCUUUUUACAGCUACAUGAUGAGCCACGCCGCGGCCACGGGCAACCUGCCCUACCCGUUCCCCUCCCACCUGCCGCUCCCCUAUUACUCCCCGAUGGGGCUGGGGGCCGCCUCGGCUUCCGCCGCCGCAGCCGCAGCCGCCGCUUCCCCCUUCGGCUCCCCGCUGCGGCCGCUGGACACCUUCCGCGUCCUCUCGCACCCGUAUCCGCGGCCCGAGCUGCUCUGCGCCUUCCGCCACCCCUCGCUAUACGCCGGGCCCACACAGGGACUGGGCGGCGGCGGCGGCGGGGCGGCGGCGGGCAGCCCCUGCUCCUGCCUGGCUUGCCACGGAGGCGGGGGCCAAAGCAACGGCUUGCCCCAAAGGCCGCCGCCGGCCUCGGACUUCCCCUGCGCGGCGGCCAGCACCAGGACGGACUCCUUCCUGACUUUCACGCCCUCGGUGCUGAGCAAGAGCGCCUCGGUGGCCCUGGACCAGCGGGAAGAGGUGCCCUUGACCAGAUAGGAAGCGCCCUCUCAGGUUUCUCUCU